AUGCGCGUCUCCACCUUCACCGUCCUCGCCAUGGCCGCGGCUAUAGUCUCGCCUGCCAUGGCCGUGAACUACGUCCAGGAGCCUCACUUCCACGCGCACCGCCCGGAGCACACCGCUGGUCACCACGCACUCGCACACGCCGCACACAGCCCUCUCGUACACACCACCCACGUCCCCGGCGCGGGGAUCGCGCACGACUUGAAGGGCAAUCGUGCAGAGGAGCUCGCCCGGCGCAGCAAGCAAACCGGGGGGACCUCUGAACACGACGCGCACGUCGUUCACACCGGCGGGAGGGGCCACGAUAGGCGUGCGGCCGACUUGGAGCGCCGCAAGGUUAACUGGAAGGGCUUGGAGCACGACGUCCCCGCUGCCUGGCACGCCGGCGCGCGGAUCGCCCAUGACAUCAAGGGCAAGCGCGCCGACUCGGAGGAGCUCGCCCGGCGCAGCAAGCAAACCGGCGGGACCUCUGAGCACGACGCGCACGUCGUCCACACUGGCGGGAGGGGCCACGGCAGACGUGAGGCCGACUUGGAACGCCGCAAGGUCAACUGGAAGGGCCUGAAACACGAUGUCCCGUCUGCCUACCGCACUGGGGUGAGAUUGUGGCAUGAUGUCAAGGGCAAGCGGGAGGAGGAGCUCGUCAUGCGCAAGGUCAACUGGAAGGGCCUGGAGCACGACGCCCCUGCUGCGUGGCAUGCCGGGGCGAAGCUUGCUCACGACUUUUAG